AUGGAUCUGGACUGCGGGAAAUACUACCCAGAGUAUGCAACACAAGCAGUAAGGCAAGGGAAGGUGACAGAGGCUGAAAUCGAUGCGUCUCUAAAGAAUCUUAUCAUUGUUCUAUUAAGACUUGGUUGGUUUGAUGGUAACCCUGGUGGGUAUUCAAGACUUGGGAAGAAUGACAUAUGUUCUCCGGCGCAUCUCGAGCUCUCAGCCGAGGCUGCAAGGCAGGGUAUUGUCUUGCUAAAAAAUGAUAAGAACGCUUUGCCAUUAGUUGUUGGCACCGGAAAGCCCAAGUUUGCUGUUGUUGGACCCCAUGCAAAUUCCACGGUAGCAAUGAUUGGUAACUAUGCAAUAAAGAGUGGGGUAACAUGCCAUUAUUCGAAACCAACCGACGCCAUCGCCGAGUAUGGAGAUGUGAUCUAUGCAGCAGGAUGCCAAGGUGUGAAAUGCCCAAAUGGUGAUGGGAUUGGUCAAGCAGUUCAGGCCUCGAAGCAAGCCGAUGCAACCUUCAUCUUUGUUGGAUUGGACCUUUCAGUGGAGGCCGAGAGCUUAGAUCGAAAUGAUCUCAACUUCCCUGGAUUUCAAAAGGCACUCAUCACCCAAAUCAGUGAAGCUGCCACUAAGCCAGUUAUUGUCGUUAUUUUCUCUGCAGGAGGAAUCGACAUCUCCUUUUUGCAACAAGACCCCAAGGUUCAAGCCAUCAUUUGGGCUGGAUACCCUGGUGCCGAGGGUGGCCGUGCCAUUGCCGAUGUCAUUUUUGGCAAGCAUAACCCAGCUGGUCGUCUUCCGAUUACAUGGUACCCGGCAAGUUAUAUAGAUAAUUUCCCAAUGACAUCAAUGCCGCUGAGACCAGUCCCUGAGUCCAAGUACCCAGGAAGGACAUACAAGUUCUAUAACGGAUCAACCAUCUAUCCCUUCGGUUAUGGAUUGAGCUACACGACCUUCCGCUAUGCCAUUAGGUCUGUAACUAAUCCGGUUAUGGUGGACCUGGGGAAGUUCCAACAGUGCAAGCAAAUCCAGUUCUUGGACGGUAGGAAGACAGAUUGCCCAGCCACCCUAGUGGAUGAAUCACAAUGCAUGCAAGUGGUGACGGUAAAAGCAAUGGUGACCAACACUGGAAAAAGGGAUGGAGCACAUGUUGUGUUAGUAUACUCCAUCCCACCAUCAGGCAUUGCCGGUGCACCCAUCAAGAGACUUGUUGCAUUCAAGCGAGUGUUUUUAGUAGCUGGAACGUCACAAGUAGUGCCAUUCAAUUUAAAUGCCUGUCGGGAUUUCAGUAUCAUCGCCGACGAUGCUUACGAGUUGUUGCCAUCUGGACAACAUACGAUCAUUGUCGGAAAUGGAAAUGAUGCAGUUACAGCUCAAUUUACCAUCGGUUUUAACCACAAUUAGUUUCAAUAUAGUUCUGUUUUGUUGGGUCUCCUCUACCAAUUCUUUCAAGGUUACAGAUCUAAUAAUGUAUUUUUUUGUGCUAAUAUGUCUAAUAAAGGAAAUCUUUUUGUUAUUGCAUCAAUUAUCUUUA